GAAUGUUUUAAAUAUAAAGUUUGUUUUGUUAUAGGUACUUGUAACAUAGUUAAAAAAUAAUAAUUGUAAGUACAUAAAUAUUAUUGUAUGGUGAUAUCACUAUGUUAGUUGGUUACUUCAGAUGGCUAAAAAGUAUUUCAAAGAAAAUGGCUUUGUUAAACAAUGUAAAUAAAGUCAUUCAUAGUAAUAGAUUGUUAUUCAAUGCUACUACAGGGUGUCUCUAUGCACCAGAAGGAAUCCCAAAAACUUUUGUGGUGGCAGACCCUAUAAAACUUACAAAAGAGGUUUUGUGUAUUCACCUUAACAUUAGAGAGGAACUAAACAUAAAGUCUAAACAUUUUCAAGAAUGUAUUCAUUACUAUUUUGAUAAUGAAGGAAAGCUAUUUCGACCAGUUCUUAUUGUAUUAAUGGCAAAAGCCCUAAACGUUCAUCAACAGAAUACUAGUGAUCUACUUGAGUGUCAACUUAAAAUGGCAAUGAUAGCUGAAAUGAUUCACACUGCUAGUCUUCUUCAUGAUGAUGUUAUAGAUGAUGCUGUGCUACGUAGAAAUAAACCUUCUGUUAAUCAAAUUUUUUCAUCAAAACAAUCUAUUUUAGCUGGUGAUUUUAUAUUAGCUAGAGCUUCAAUACUUCUAUCACGAUUGCAAAAUACAAAAGUUGUUGAGUUUUUUUCAGAAAUCAUACAUGACUUGGUAAAAGGAGAAUUAAUGCAACUAGUUUCAAAAGAUGAUAUUGAUCAACGAUUCAAUCACUAUUUGACAAAGACAUUUCGAAAAACAGCUUCUCUAAUGGCUAACAGCUGCAAAUCUGUUGCCUUAUUAGCAAAUUGUUCUUCGAUUGUUCAGGAUAUGGCUUUUGAGUAUGGCAAGAACUUAGGAAUGGCUUUUCAGUUAGUGGAUGAUGCCCUAGAUAUUAUUUCAUCAUCAGAGACGCUUGGAAAACCAGCUGGUGUUGACAUGUCUUUAGGCUUAGCUACUGCUCCAGUACUUUUUGCAGCACAAAAGUUUCCUGACCUGCAUGCCAUAAUUGGGAGGCGAUUUAAAAAUAAAGUCGAAGACGUUCAAAAAGCGCUUGAAUAUGUCAAUCAGAGUGAUGGUGUUUCAGAAACAUUUAUGUUGGCUUCAAAAUAUGCGAUGGAAGCUUGUAAAAGCAUUAGCAGCUUAAAAGACUCGGAAGAGAAGGCUGCACUUAUAACACUCGCUAAUUUUGUUGUCGAAAGAAAAAGGUAGCACAGUAAAAUUAUAGGGAAAUAUUCAAAAUUAUUUGGAACAUGGUAGUAAAUUCGUUUGGAGAAACUAUUUUAUCUUGGAAUCUUUAAAACCGUGUUCUCAGCAAUUGUCUUUUAGCGAAGUUAAUUAUUAUACAACUGAUAAUGAUAAUACAGAUCCACUGGACCUAUAUUGACAUCAUCAACUAGAUCUAUAUUAGCAUCAUAAGUUGGCUAUUGCACUUUAACUCGUUUUUUAGUAACAUGUGCCCAGAGAACCAUUAGUAACAUGUGCCCAGAGAGUAACCAUUAGUAACAUGUGCCCAGAGAGUCGAAUUUCAAUACUAUACAAAAAGUUUAGGAUUAGCAUGCUAAUAGCAUUUCUAUAUUAUCAUCCUUAUCCAUAAUAUUAACCUAGCUGUCUACUUGGGUGGAUGUUACUAAUGAUUCACUAAAUAACGGGGGAGUUGAGCCCCGGUUGUAAAGAUACUGAUAUGCGUCCGUUAGAUGAUCAGGCGGACGUGUACUUGAUUCACGGGUGAUUAAAACGGUGAUUUAUAUGGAAAUGUGUCACUCUCCUCAGACCCCAUGAAUCAAGUACAUGUUCGUUUUAAAACGCUUGCUUGGUUAUUGAAAUUGUAGAAAAAUAUUUUUUUAUAAAUUCUCUAAUAAAAGAUAUAAGCUUCAAGUUUUAUCUCACAA